CAGGGCCGCCAGCCUCCCUUAAACUAAUUGACAAGACCAGCAGCAGCGCAAAGAUGUGUUGGGAUGAGCCCGUCCAGUUGAACGGUGAGCUGUCGGUCUACCAGCUGACUUGGGGAGCUUACCACAAGAACCUAUCCCACAACCUGACUUCCUACACCAUCUCCGGCCUCCAGUCCAAUUCACAAUAUAAUGUUACUCUACAGGCAAUAACGGCUGGAGGUGUUGGACCACCAGAAUGGGAGGUGGUGACGACCGAUAAGGGCGUGAAUGUAGGAGGCAUCGUGGCGGGUGUGUUGGUGGGCGUCCUGCUGUUGGCUGUCAUAGUCGCUGCUGUCGUCUUCAGGGACAAACUCAAGGACAAGCUGAACAAAGGAACAUCACCCACAUUACCCCCGCGGGAGUUGCCUAUGACGCCUCGUCAGCCGAGCGUAGCCAACAGUAAUGUAAAGAAGAAUAAGCUGCAGGAAUACCUCGAGUACCUGGAGGGGGACACCCAGCAUGGCCUCGAGAUGGAGUUUUCACACAUAAACAUUCAGAGUCCCAGCUUGCCAGCUUUCGCCGCCAAGAAGGACUUCAAUAAACCAAAGAACCGCUUCGCUAAUAUUCAUCCGUUCGACCACGCAAGAGUGAAGCUGUCUCCCAUUUCCGGUGUGACUGGGUCUGAUUACAUCAACGCUACCUAUAUCCUGGACAUUUACGAUAAGCCUUACUUCAUCGCCUCCCAGGGCCCUAAGCAAUCCACCAUGGUGGACUUCUGGAGGAUGGUGUUGGAACAGCGAGUGUAUACCAUCGUCAUGCUCACUAACGUCAUGGAGAAGGGUAGGGAGAAGUGUGCCCACUAUUGGCCCAGGCCCAGUGAGUCUUUCAUCAACGUCGGCAGCUACAUCGUCCACAACCACCGUGAGGAGAGGCGAGAACUGUACUCCAUCAGGUACCUGGAGGUGGUGGCGGGAGAUCAGAAGAGGGUGGUGAAACAGUACCACUUUACCUCCUGGCCAGAUUUUGGAGCCUUGGAACGCGUCACCGACCUCCUCGACUUCAUGGCUGACAUCCGAUCCACUAUGCUGGCCAAUGGUGACCACCUCCUAGUACAUUGUAGCGCUGGUGUAGGAAGGACUGGGACAUUUAUUGGACUGUGGAACCUGAUGGACGAGUCUGACAGAGACAGAAGAGCUGAGUCCAUCAACAUCAGACAGACAGUGCUGAAGAUGAGAGAACAUCGACCCAUUAUGGUCCAGUCCGCGGAACAGUUUUUGUACCUGACUAAGUGUAUUGCAGCGUACAUAGAAGCACCUCACCUGUGGAGCAAAUACCAAGAAGACAACAACCACAUCUACGACAACGGUGCCUUCGAGGACGACAACCCCAUUUAUGCUAAUACUGAGGGCCAGUGAGGCUGAAACUACCCCUCGCUUCAAGAGUUUCCACCUGCUACAAGAUCCACCACUCACUACAAAACUUAUCAAUCACUACAAGAACUAGUAGUGAGUGAGUGUUGGUCUUUUAGUAAAUGCUACCUUUUGCAGUAGGUGGUAGUACAUACUUCAGGAGCUAACACUCUCUACAAAACUUAUCACCCACUGUAAGACGUAAGAAAAAGUACUCUGAUAUGCUAAUGUGUUUUUGGUACAAUCAACGCAAGCAACACUAGACUAAGUUAGCUAUAUGUCUUCAGAAAAGCUACAUGUCUCAUCCCAAACUACGAUUCUGUCCACAUUAAGGCUUUAAAUCUUACCUCUGACAGGAGAGUCUGUACGUCUGUAUCGGAUGUAAUAACUUCACAAGUUACUCCGAUAUAUCAGUGGUCCUUAUUGUUGGUGAUAAAGAAAGUGUGUGUGUGUGUGUGUGUGUGUGUGUGUGUGUGUGUGUGUGUGAAAGGUUCUUUAGGAAUAACAGAGCGGGUUUUAGUCUGCGUAGUUUACCUCUAUGAACAUCAAAUCCUGAAUUAUUAACUCAUAAAUUGGCAGAGGGCCUUACUGAUUUCGCUCACUAUCCUAUUUUUUCAUUAGCCUUCACCUAUUUACAUGAAUGUACCAGUUAUAUUUAAGUAAUAUGUGUAUUUCUGAAUCACUUGCAUAUUACUAUCCAUCUCACUUAAUAUCAUUGUUUGGGUACGUAAGUCGUAUUGAGUAUCACAGAUUGGUUUUCGCUCUGGGUGUUAACACUUGCUCCUCUGGCUUCACCAUUUAAAAGAACACAUAAUUUCUGUUAAUUCUAAAUUCUUUAGACUUUCUCUAGUUGUAAGUAGAAAAUAGUAAUCUUUUAGAUGAAGCGAUUAGUUGGUGAUAUUAUUUACUCAAACCAUAGCAUUUAAGAGGUUGCAAAUUAAUAGAGGUGCUACAGAUUUCAUGUACAGUACAGUUGUGGACAAAAAUAAUCCAGCAGUCAGGGAGGGAAGUGGAGUAUGGAAGGGUAGGGGUAGGUGGACAUCACAAUUCUGUUUUCGUAGUUUAAUUAUGAGGCAGACAAAGCUUAAACUCUUUCCCUGCUAAUUUAUUUUGUCCACAACUGUACAUAAGAUAGUGUGAAUGCUCAAUGUUGAGUCGAUGUACAACACUCCGUUCUGAAUGAGGUUUAGUUUGUAUAUUUCUGGUUCCCUGCCAUAUCCUGCACUACAGUACACGUAUCAUUUCACUAACGGUUGAAGUUCUCACACACACGUUUCUACAGUUCUAUAUGUGUAGCUCUCUCAGACCGGGAAGUCUCUCCAGAAAUUAUUGGGGAGACGAACUCAUGAAGUCAAAGGAACUCUUGAACUGGGAAGCUUAAUAAGAGAACUGUGGAGAACUGAGGGCUUCUUCCACUUUAUGAUUAUUGCAGGUAGAUGAUGAUGAUGAUGAUGAUGAUGAGGAGGAG